AUGCCGGCCCUACGCUACAAUACACAGUCCACCAAUCCUUCGUACGACGAUCCGGAAGAUGAUCGCGAUGGCAUAUUCUAUGUUGGCACCAUAUCCAACGAUGGUGACACCAAGUCAAAAGGAGAGAUGCUAUCAGAGAAGUGGCUACCCAAAGCAGUGGCCCUGUGCAAACAUCUGUGGCCAUCUGCGAAGCACGACACUCUUCCAGUAAAAUAUCUCGCCCACGGAAGCAACAACCUUGUUUUCAGUUUUACGAUGAUGAUCAUAGACGAUGAGUCGGUUGACUAUAUCCUACGAAUUCCCGAGGCUGAGGAUGCCAUUCGCCGCUCAGUCGCUAUUCUCGACCUUGAUGCAGUCUUCGACGGACUUUCCCAUGAUCAAAGGUUACUACUUGCAAAGCAAUUGGCUCAAUUACACAAACGAAUCGAGUCAAUCACAAACCCGGUCGCUGGUACAAUCAAUGUCCAUGAGACCAAUUUCCAGCCUGGCGAUGACCCCGGUCCUCGAACAUUCCUGGAUCUUCCAGGAAGCGAGAUAUGCCCCAAUUCAUGUAACCCGGUCGACUGGUCUCAUAGUGAGAACGAGUUCAUAUCCCUCGAUAGACUACGACGCGACAUUAUGCUGGCAAUCAUCCAGCGCCGCAGAUAUCAGGCAAAGUACCGGAAAAUGCCGUGGCUUUUCAGGUAUAAGAUCUAUCGUAGAUGCCAGAAAAUGGUUGAGAGUAUGACAAAUUUUGGGCUCUUUAAACCACAGAAUGACAUAAUAUCCCUCGUCCACCCGAAUCUCUGGCCUCGCAACAUUAUGGUCGACUUCACUCCGGAUAUUGUCAUCACUGGAACGCUGGACUGGGAUGAAGCCAUGUUCGCGCCCAGAUUUGUCAGUCGAAUUCCUCCGCGAUGGCUAUGGUGUUCGUGUUCCGAGGAUGAGGACUCGUCUAGAUACACCGGAUUUCAGAUGGAACCUUUGGAUCCGAAAGAGAAUAACCCAGACUCACCGGAGAAUGCAGAAAUCAAACGAGUAUUUGAUGAUGCUAUGGGGAAGAGUUGGGUAUCAGAGGCGACGGGAAAUGGUUACGCGAUCGCGAGGCAGCUUUACAUGUUUAGCUUACGGACAGCUUUCCAACAGGGCUGCUGUAUUCCUCGUAUGUUUAGGACAAUCAAGAUAUGGAACCGCCUACAUACUGCUAUAACAAGCGGAUCAGAUCAUUCCUUAGAAGCUAUAUACCAGGAAAGUUAUAGCGACACGGACGAGGAGAAUCACUCAGAGAAUGAGUAUUCGGAUAACGAGUAUUCAGACGACGAUGAUUCGGAGCACGAUGAUUCUGAGGAAGGAAACCUAGACCACCCCGAAUACGACUAAACAAAUAUUUAAUCAAGCACGAGAUGAGGUUUUCUCAUUGGGGAGGGGCCAUUUUCGGGCCACUCAUAACUCAGGGCAUUUCUGGCGAAAUACUGUCAUGGACGGCGCAUAGAGAGGGACGACUCAACGGCUUUAGGGAGGGGUGGAGGGAUAUUUGCGCACUUUUCCUUUGCUUUCUUUGCUUUUACAUCUUUUCCUUUUCCGGUCAUAUAAAGGAGUUACGAGUCAACUGGCUAGCUUGGAGAUGCCAUGGAGAAAACGAUCGACAGGGAGGGAGGGAUGGAAAAUACGACGGUCUACAGUUUUUCUAGCUCAGAGCAUACUUCUGAUAUCUAGAUCACCUCCGCGAUAGACCGCGUUUCGCUUAUACUACUAUAUUUGCCCAUCUUUGUACGAUACGAAACCGUGCCAAACCACUGUGCAUUAAUGGUAGCACCCAGUAGAAGCCAAUACAGGCACGUGAAACCCAGUAACUUAAGAAGUUGAGUCAGCUCUAGCAAUUAUG